AUGUCAAAAAGGCAAAGACGUUUCAUAAAAUUCAAAACUGAACUUAAAGAAAAAUUCAAUAAGAAAGUUGAAGAAAUUAAAAGCCUUCCUGAUGAAAUUCAGGCAACUGAAAGGUCUACAAAACUUUUGGAGGAAAGAUAUGAUCUUAAAAGCGAUGAUGUUGCUCAAAAAAAUAAAAUUCGUCAAGGCCUACAACAAACCUUCGAUCAAUUAAAAGAGGGUGCAAAUAAAAAGAUGGAUUUAUCUACAUUCGUGGAUGAUUGUAAUCGAGGCUAUCAAAUCGGAUACCUCAAAAAUCGAUUAAUUGAAUCUAUUUUUUUUAUUGAUGCAAAAAGUUCGGCAAUCAAAUAG